CAGUUAUAAACAAUCGCCGAUCAGCGAAACAAAGCAGGCUCGGAUUCCUAAAAUCGUUGAAAUUAACCUCACCAAACAAAUAAUAAGCCGUUCACGGGACAUGUCGCUUGCCAACUUGAAAAUAAAAUAACUUAACGUCUUAUAUAAACGGCGAGGAUUUAGUUGGUCGUUAAAAAGCGCGCAAUUCGGACGAAUCCCGCCAUGAUUUUUGCAAAAAUAAUAAAUUGAUAUAUAAAUAGUGAAGCGCGAGAAGGUGCGGGCGAUAAAACUCGAAAUUUUACUGCCCGUCGACGGUGACACGGACAGUAAGGCCGUCCAAAUCGGAGUGGGCCGCGAGCGAAAUUGAAAAAUGACCGAAACCGAGCGCUACGGAAAGGAAUACUCUCGAUUGAGGCGAUUGACAAGCAAUUUAGACGUGCAGCAAUCAUGUACUGAAUAUGGAUUGUCGGAAGACCAAGUGGCAGAAUUCAAAGAAGCCUUCAUGUUGUUCGACAAAGACGAAGAUGGCACCAUAACAAUGGCGGAACUGGGAGUCGUGAUGAGGUCAUUAGGUCAGAGACCUACAGAGACUGAGCUGCGGGACAUGGUGAACGAGGUGGACCAGGACGGCAACGGGACCAUAGAAUUCAACGAGUUCCUCCAGAUGAUGUCGAAGAAGAUGAAAGAUGCGGAUGGGGAGGAGGAGCUUAGAGAGGCCUUUAGGGUUUUCGACAAAAACAACGACGGUCUGAUAUCUUCAAACGAACUGCGUCACGUGAUGACCAGCCUGGGGGAGAGGCUGUCGGAGGAGGAAGUCGAUGAUAUGAUCAAGGAGGCCGAUCUGGAUGGAGAUGGUCAAGUUAACUAUGAAGAGUUCGUGACCAUCCUCACAGCGAAGAACUAAGAAUAGACGGCGAGAACUUGAUCCAAAAAUCACCUAGUCCUGUUCGUAUCAUGAUAAACAAAAUAUACAGCUACCUUAAAAAAACAAUGUCCCAAACCUCCUUUUAUGUAUAAGCACUGCUUCACUUUUUCGAUAAUUAUUAUAACUAACGCUCUAAGAUUAUAUUUUAGUGAAACAAUAUGGUUCUGAGAUACAGGGUGCAAGAACUUACUUGUCUACUAUAAAUAAUUUCUAUACGAAUCUAUUUGUAACUUCGAGAAGCAAAGAAAUAAUAUAAGGUAAACAUUGAUAUACUUACAGCAGGUACAUUAAAUCUGUCCAGUUUUACAGUGAACAAUAUAUGGGGUGUUUCUUAAAAAUAACGUGGGUCGCCAAAGCCAACCUCGUUUGGUUAUUUUCUGUCGCUGCGUUGUAGUAUAACCCGUUGUACAAAAAAUGAGGUGAUGUACCACUUGUAAACAUUUUUUUGCGACAUGUUUACAAAAACACGAGUAGCUCUGCAGCGACUGAAUAUAUGGACUUGAAACUGCAUAGAUAUCAAGAACAGUACUACCAACCUUCAAAAAAACAAUUGUAUGCUUUCAUAAUACCCGCGAAUUUCAAAUAAGUAAUUCACCUUAUUUUUUGGGGUAUU